AUGGCUUCUCCCGUCUCCACCUCGCUCCCGUCGCGCACAGCUACCGGCCUGAGCUCCGGAGAGGCCGUCCCCGACCUGGAUCCCACGAGCACGGCCGGGCUCCUCGCCGAGCGCCUCCAGGCGUGGAAGCACGCCGUCGGCUACCUCGAGGACUACAUGUCCGCCUCGGAAAAGAUUUACGGCCGCCACGCCAAGGAGUACGAAAAGGUGCUCAAGACAAUCUCCAACCCGCUGCGCGAGGGCCACCACUUUGACCAGUCGCUCGGCGGCGUCGCCGGCUUCUUCGAGAACCUGCGCGCCAACACGCAGGCCAUGAUCAACACCAACCUCGAGACGGAGAAGAGCAUCAAGGGCUCCGUCCUGCCCAUCCUCGAGCGCCUGCACAAGGAGAUCAAGCACAAGGCCAAGGAGCUCGACUCGGGCGCCUACUCGGGCGCCAAGGAGGUCGAGAAGCUGCGCAACACCACCCAGAAGCACAUUGAGCUGCUCGGCCAGCAGACGGCCUCGUUCGACUCGGCCGGCGCCAGGCUCAGCGGCACCGACGACCCCUACGUCGUCCACCGCGGCGUCCUGCACCGCCUCGCCAACCAGGUCCUCGCCGAGAACAACCACACCAACGACCUCAUCUCGGUCCAGAACAACUUUGAAAUGUUCGAGGGUCACAUCAUCGAGGUCCUGCAGGAGGCCGUCGGCGCCUUCACCCAGCUCAGCGGCGGCCAGGCGGAUAAGAUCCGCGCCCUGCACAACGACAUUCUCGGCACCAUCCAGUGCGUCCCCAAGGGCUUCGAGUGGGCGAAUUUCGCCACGCGCAGCGCCGACCGCCUCGCCAACCCCAACGACCCCGCGCGCUCCGUCGAGGCCAUCUCCUUUCCCAACAUGGACCACGCCGCCACCAAGCCCCUCAUCGAGGGCUCGCUCGAGCGCAAGUCGCGCAACAAGCUCUCCUUUGGCUACUCGACCGGCUACUACGUCGUCACCCCGUCCAAGUUCCUCCACGAGUUCAAGGACUCGGACGACGCCCGCCAGGACCCCAAGCCCGAGCUCUCCCUCUACCUCCCCGACGCCGUCAUCGGCGCACCCAACGGCGACAAGUUCAACAUCAAGGGCAAGGACAAGAGCAAGACCCUCUCCAGCAAGCUCACCGGCAACUCCGAGUUUGCCUUUAAAGCGCACACCCCCGCCGACGCCCAGAAGUGGUUCCAGGUCGUCCAGGGCGUCUGCGGCGCCACGGGCCCGGCCGAGCCCAACUCGCCCGUGUCGCCGGGCUCGCCUGCCUCGGCCGCCGCGGUUGUCAACUCCCCCACCACAGCCGGUGCCACCUCGCCGACCAACACCAAGGACGACUCGCUGGCUCUCAACUCGCCGUCCGACAUCCACGCCAAGCCCGCCCUGCACCCGGACCAGGAGAUUGGCGUCACGAGGAGCGCCUCCGGGGCGGCGCCCGGCAUGCGCUCCGUCUCGGGAGCCUCGCAGAAGCCGCCAGCACCGGCCACGACUGGUGUUGCGCACGACGAGAAGAAGAUUGCCGAGCCCGACUUUUCUUGA